AUGAAUCCAUCAACAUCAUCUCCGACCGAACCUCAAAAAAUCUCAACGAACGACCCUGCUGUCGUUUCUUCUGUUGAAGAAUCUCCAGAAUCACCAACUUUAAUCCGUCGUCGUAAAAUUUUUGGUACAUGCAAAGGAUGUAAUCAACCAAAUACAAACUUUAAUGAGUGCCAAACGUGUAAUAAAUGGUUAAACGAACAAGGAUCGAACAUAUUAACCCUCAAAUCCUUAGCAAUCCGACGUAAAUCGCUAAUUUAUAAUCAAUCUUGUCUUAAUUGUAAUCAACCCAAGCAUAUCCAUCAUAAGAUUGCCGCUUGUAAUAAUUGUGGUUUUCCUGAAUAUGAUGUGGAAGAUUUAUGUGAAUUGCCCAUGACAAGUUGGUUGAGAUGUCCCGAUUAUAAUGACGUCAUCGAUAUGAUUUGUUUGGAAUUAGAUGAAAUGAAUUUUGAUGAUCCAGACUAUCAAAAAUUGUCGGACGCAAAGGAGGAUGAAGGUAUAUCAAAUGUUAACAUACCGCCGUCAUUAAGGGAACCAAAAUUGGAUUCAAAAAGAGAAUCAAAACGUGAAUCGAAAUUAGAAGCAAAACGUUUACAACAAUUACAACGUAAUAAACCCGAAAAAGAAAAGGAGUUCGCUUCGGCGUUUAAAACCUAUUUAGCGAAAAAAAAGAAUCGAAGUAAUCAAAGACAAUCGGUGGCACAAAAUGUACGCUCUUCGACUGUCGAACCUAUAACCAUCACUACCUUGAGGGAAGAAAUACAACAACGUGAGGCCGCCUUAAGGACAUUGGAAAAUCGGAUAAAGGGCAUGGAAUCAGAGAAAGAAAAAGUCAUACAUGAUUUAGAACAAGUACAAAUACAGCUAAAGGAUCGUGGUCAAGAGGUCAAGGACCUAAGAUCUUCAUUAUUAGAACGUGAUCACACCACCGCACAGUUAAAUGAUGCGCUAAGUAAAUUUAAAAAGGAAAAAGUUAAUUUACAAAUUGAACUUGAUAGAACAAAAUCUGAAUUAAAGGUUCGUGAAGGGGAAAUAAGAGAAUUAAAUUUUUCCCUAUUGGAAUGUGCUCAUGAUUUACAAUCUACAAAAACUGAUCUGGCGGCCACCAUAAGUGAAAGUGAUAUAGCCAUAGAAGAGUUACAAAUACAAUUAAAAGAACGUGAACAACUCGUUCGUAAUCAUGCCACUCAGAUAAAGACUUUAAAACGAGAUUUGGAAGUUACCCAACAAGACCUUGCUAACGCGCAAAAUGAACUAUCGGCUGCUCAAGCCAUGUGUAAUGCCGAAAUUGAAGCCGCUCAAGCGAUGUGUUCUGCUGAACUUGAAGCCACAAAGGCAAAAUCUUUAGCCGAAAUCGGCGUGAUAAGAGCACAAUAUGCUGCGGAACUUCAUGCCACAAAAGAGGAACAUGCUGACGAAUUAGAGGCUACAAAGGCUCAACUUUCCUUUUUUAAAUCUCAAUUAGAUUCAACUAAAGCUCAACUUUCUUUUACAAAAUCAAAACUUGAAUGGGCGAAAGCUGAUCUCUCCUCGAUCAAAGGUAUACUUGAUACCACGAAAUCUGAUCUUGCCGCUACAAAUAAUAAAUAUAAACGUCAAAACGCAGAAUUGAAAGCAACAAGAUCGGAACUGGAAGAAAGCAUUGAAAUGAUUGCUCAUAGAGAUGGUAUAACUUCCUACAUAAUACAAGUUUAUCAAGAAGAUAUCAAAUGUGAAAAAGAACGCCUCGGCGCCGAGCUUGACGACACCCAAGAGCAACUUAAUAAAAUUAAAGCCACGCAUGAGAAAGAAAAGAAGGCAAAUGCCAAAACUAUCAAACAACUCACAAGUCAAGUUCAAAAUUUAACAAAUCAACAAGUUCAAGAGAAAGCCAAAUUAUUUCAGUUAGAGGGAGAAAAUAACAAAUUACGGAAACAACUUGAGCAAACAAAAUCUCAAGCUUCCGAACAUUUAUUAAUGAAAGAAGAGAUCGCUCGAUUACAUUCACAAGUUAUACAAUUAAAGAAUUUGUCAAAAAAACGCAACAGCAUCGCACAGUUAUAUGAUACACCAAAACACUUUGUGGGACCAUCCACACCACCAGAAUCACCAUGCAAUUCAUUCUCCAACAAUGAUUUAUUUUCUGAUUUGAGACAAGAAGCUAAAUUAAUGCAAAAUUCCAGCGAAGAACACCAAAUUAAUGGUAGUUCUGAUGAUUGGGUCACUGUAAAGAAAAAAAAUAGUAACAAGCGAUCAUCAAAAGGUUCACUUCGCAGUAGUAAAUCAUCACCUAACCGUGGAGGACGAAGGGUGAGAAUUCUUUCUUUUGCAAGUUUAUCGAUUUUUUUUGUUCCAUCAAAUAGUAGAUUAGUCAUGAAAAAUCAACUUGGCUACUUCCUUUCACUCGGCGACAUUGAACAACUUACAAGGAAAAAUGAAUUGCGCUUCGAUUUAAUCCAAAACAACUUUUUAUGCAUUAAUCACAAAUCCCAAUAA